AAUAACGGAGUUGUUGUCAAUUUAACUGUUAUCUAUGGGGCAUGCUUUUUUAUCCGAAAGUAACUGCCAUAUAUAUUUAGAAUCUGGAUACAAAAAGACCAUUUGUAUUCCGACAAGUCGAAAAGCGCUGAUCCAACGCAAAUAAAACGGGAUCCUACACUGCGCCAUCAAGUCAUAAAAUAUAUCAGUGACAAAGAUGGUUUGGCUUCAAAAUGCGGUUGUGUUCCUCGUCGCACUAUCUCAGAUGCCUGUGCCGCAAGUGCACUGCGACAACAAGACAUGGAAAAAUGAGAUCGAGUACUUCGAGAAGGUCGACUUAGACUGCGCUAAAUUCAAUCAAAAUAGUGCCGUAAUUCAUUCCGUGAAGGCUUGGAUUUUACCAUCUGGAGAAAUAUGGAAGCAAGGUACGGAUUUUAAUAGCGGCCACAUUGUUAUAAGAAACGAUGGAUUUGUUUUGUCCAUCGACAGACUUGAUGAUGACGACUUUGGGGUGUACUACUGCAUCGUUGAUACCGGGCCUAAUGGAACACACAUCGUCAAAAUCGGAGUUAAUGUUGAUGGGCCCUACUUUGGCCCAGAAUUAAUGGAAGAAGUCAGACAUGAUGCCAUGGUCGGUGGUAUAGCUGCGGGCUGCGCACUAGUUUUGUUUAUCAUUCUGUGGCUAGUGUGUACAUACUGCACUAAGACACCUUUGCCGCCGAAUACCGGGAAUAUUAGAAGUGUACCUGCAAUUCAAAAUACGGGAAAGCCAACCGAAGAUAUAACAAUGACAAAAAUUGGAGACAGCGUCUAUUACAAUGCGGACGAGAUUGCCACAGAAAAUGCACAAACGCCUAAGGAGCCACCACAGGAAGAAGGCAAAUCUGAAACUCUUUCAUCUACAAAUUCUGGUUACUACCAUUCGAUUGACAGCAUUGAUCGUAAUAAGAAACUCCAAAACGUAAAUCCCGCUGACGUGUAUAUGUGAACAUACGUGCGGGCAUUUCUAUUUUGACGUGUCCCAUGAAAACAUGUGUUCAAUCAGAUAUACAGCUUUUACUUUUAUAUAGUGUGUCUAUUUGCCUAUUUGACAACUGUAUUCGCUUAAACCUAUGAGAAAUAUUUUCAGUCAUAAACUGAAUAUUUAGUAGUUUUACGUGUUUGCGUGCAUGUAUUAUGGUUUGUAACGUUUUGAUAAGGAUUUGGAAAAGUUAUAUUUCUGGACAUUUCUAAAUUGCAAUGGUUUAAAAUCCAAGUAAAUUAUAACUUAGCAAUAUUUCUUUUUUUUUCCCAUUCCGUUUCCUUCUUAGCUCUCCAGAGCACGAAGUGCUCAAUGUAAGCUUUUGUAAUCGCCCUGUGUCCAUCGCACGUCGUCCGUCGUCAAACUUUUGGCCCAGUCUUUAUGAAACUUGGUCAGAAUUUUACCAUCAAUAGCAUCUCUGAAGAGUUCGAUACUAGGUUAUAUUAGGUCAAAAACUAGGUCAUCAGUCCAAAACAAAGGAAACGCUUGUUAACACUUAGAGGCUACUUUAAAAACAAUUCUGGCCCUAUCUUCAUGAAAUUUGGUCAGAAUCUUUGUCUUGAUGAUCUCUAGGUCAGUUUCGAAACUUGGUCAUGUGGGGCCAAAACUAGGUCAGUAGGCCAAAUCAAAGGAAAAUCUUGUUAACCGUUACAUCUGGAUCAUGUGGGGUCAAAAGCAAGGUCACCUGGUCAAAUCAAAGGAAAAGGUUAAAACAUUUUAGAGGCCAUAUUUAUUACCCUAUCUUCAUGAAACCUGGUCGGAAUGUUUGUUUUGAUGAGUUCCAGGUCAAGUUCUAAACUGUGUCAUGUGGGAUUAAAACUAGGCCACUAGGCCAGAUCAAAGGAAAAUUUUGUUAACACUGUAGAAUCCACAGUUUAAGUUUGCAACUUACGCGAAUUAGUCAGAAUGUUUGUUGUGAUGACCUUCAGGUCAAGUUUGAAUCUUCGUCAUCUAGGAUCAAAAACUAGGUCAUCCGGUAAAAUCAAAGGAAAAGCUUGUUAACACUCUAGAGGCCACAUUGAUGAAUAUCUUCAUGACACUUAAUUAGAAUGUUUAUCAUGAUGACCCCUAGGUCAAGGUCGAAACUAGGACAUAUGGGAUCAAAAACGAAUUCACUAGGCUAAAUCAAAGGAAAAUCUUAUUAACACUGUAGAGUCCACAGUUUAAGUUUUAAACUCAUGAGAAUUGAUUGGACAGAAUCUUUGUCUUGACGACCUCUAGGUUAAAUUCGAAUCUGGCUUAUUAUACUGGACAACUGGUUAUUCCUUUGCGACCAGUGUAGAUUAUCCGUGCAGUCUGAUCAUGAUCUACACAGUUCACCAUUCAGUCAGUAUCAAUUUGGUGCAUACCCUUUUUAACAGUUAAUGGUACUGUCCAAAUUGAAAGAUGGAUAAGUUCAUUAUACAAAUUUAGUAAGGUAAGGGUUAAAGGGUCCGUAAUGACAGUCGACAUAUCGGGAUAAGGUAUUCUCCGUAUGUGUUUUUAAUCCCCCGCCACGAGUGGUGGGGUGUUAUAGGAAUGGUUUCCGUUCGUCCGUCCUUCCGUCUGUCUGUAACACUUUCGUGUCCGCUCUGUAUCUCCUAAACCCCUAAAAGGAUUUUCAUCAGACUUGGGUCAAAUGAUCACCUCGUCAAGGCGAUGUGCAGAACUCUUUUGUCAGCCAUACUGGCUCAAGGUCAAGGUCACAACUCGGGGUCAAAGGUUUGAGCUUUCCAUUUUGUGUCUGCUCUGUAUCUACUAAUCCCCUUGAGGGAUUCAUAUGAAACAUAGGUCAAAUUAUCACCUAUCCGAGACAAUGUGCAGAACUUAUGAGUCAGCCAUGCCGACUCAAGGUCAAGGUCACAACUCCAGGUCAAAUGUUUAAGCUUUUAAUUUCGUGUCCGCUCUAUAUUUCCUGAAUCACCUAAAGGAAUAUUAUAAAACUUGGGCCAAAUGAUCACCUUAUCAAGACGAUGUGCAGAACUUAGUCAGUCAUGCCGGCUCAAAGUCAAGGUCACAGCUUAGGGUCAAAGGUUUUAGCCUUCCAUUUUGUGUCCACUCUGUAUCUCCUAAACCACUUAAAAGAUUUUCAUCAAACUUUGGUCAAAUGAUAACCUCAUCUACAACUCAUGGUUCAGCCAUAUCAACUCAAGGUCAAGGUAACAACUCAGGGUCAAAGGUUUGAGCUGUGUAUCUCCAAAACUCCUAGAAGGAGUUUCAUGAAACUUGGGUCAAAUGAUAACCUCAUUAAGGUGAUGUGCAGAAUUCAUGAGUCAGUCAUGUCAGUUCAAGGUUGAGGUCACAGCUCAAGGUCAAAAGUGUACCCUUUCACUAUCCUUAACAGAAGAGUGGGAUUUAGCUGUAAUUCAGACUGCCUUGUUUGUGUUAUUCUGCGGGUUUGACCAGGCAAUUUCAAGGAUUGAUCGCAGUGGCCGAACCUGCAAAAGAAUAUACGUAAUCGUACGGAAAAGUACCAGUUGUCCCUUAAUUUAUCCAGUUUUGCAGACUUGUGAGUAUCUGGAUAUUGGAAACAUCAUAAUCGUCGUGUAAUGGAAGAUGUUAGAAAAUGGAGCUUUGUCUCUGUGGACAACUGCAGCAUAACAAUAUGUAAACAUGAUAUUCAGUUGAGACCUCUGCAUUUUUCAGUUUUAGCUGUAAAUGUGUUUCAUAAUUUGAAAAUAAAACAAUAUCUUACAGCAUAUUGAUAUGUACAAUAAACAACUGUUGUUAAAUGAAUAAUCUUACCUAUCCAUGUAUUUCAUAAUGAUGAAAAACCUACAUGUCAAUAAACAAAUUCACG